AUGAAUGAUAGCGAUACUAAAAAGUUUAGAGAUAUAAGCGAGAGAAUAAAAGGAAAGUAUAUACCAGUUAUAAAAUUUGGUGGAACAAAUAAGUACAUCAAUAAUGAUUACAAAAAUUAUAAUGAAGAAACAAAUAAUGUAAACUAUGUUAGAGAUGACUUCAAUAAAAGUAAUAUUGAUAUUUAUCAUGAUAAUAAAUAUGGUAUUAAUAGAGUUUGUUUUUCUCCACAAGGAAAAUAUAUAGCAGGGUGUGGAUCUAAUGGUAAUAUUUAUUUAUAUGACUUAUACGAAAAUAAACUAUUAACAAAAAUAUGUACUCAAAUUGAUAAUAUAAAAGAUUUAGCAAUAAGUGAUAAUGAUAAAUAUAUAUAUGCAUGUGGUGAUAAUAGAAUAAUAGAAAUAUUUGAUAUAUAUGAGAACAAAAAAGUAUGUAAUAAUAAUAUUUCAAAAUAUAUUGAUGUUUCAAUACCAAAUAUAAUUAAAAAGAAAAAGUAUAAAAAUGCAAACUGUCUUAAUAACAAUAUUAUGGAAACAAAUAGUGCUUUAAAUGAUAAUACUCUAGAAAAUAUUUAUGCGCCAUAUAAAACUAAGCAUAUUGAUUUUACAAAUAAUAAAUUAAUUUAUGUUCCAAUAUAUAAUUACAAUGAUCUAAUAAAAAAUAAUAUAAAUAUGAUAGAUCUAAAUUGCAUUAAAAUAAAUAAUUUAAAUGAAAUUAUAAAUAAAUCAGUAUUUCUCAUUAAAGAUUCUCAUGAAUAUAUAACUUCAUGUUUAUCAGUUCCAAAUAUAAGUAAUUUCUUAAUUUAUUCUGGAGGAGGAGAUGGAGUAUUAAAAAUAUGGGAUAUUAGAAUGAACCUAUUCAAUAUGAAUCAAAGUAACUACAAUAAAACUAGUUCUGAAGUGUUGUUUCUAGAUAACAAGAAUCCUUAUGCAUCUAUAUGUUCCCAUGAAGAUACUAUAACAAGCAUAAGUUUCAAUAAAACUAUAGAUCAUGAAAACUACCUUAAAUUAAAAAAAGAAAAAAAAAGAAAAAAAAAAAAAAGAGAUGAUACAUAUAGUAUAAAACAUAGAAAAGAAACAAAAGAAAACAACUGUACUGAUGAAAAUAAAAAUAAUUCUUUUUCUUCUUCAUGCUCAUCUAUUUCUUAUUCUUCCCUAAAUUUUGAUCUUUCAAAAGAUAAAUUUAAUAACAUUUUUAUGACUAGUGGAUAUGAUGGGUAUAUUAGAUUAUAUGAUAUGAAUAAUAAUAUAAUUAAAUCAUUCAGUGAUGAAGAGAAAAGUAUUACACAUUGUAUGUUUUGUCAUAAUAAUAAAUAUAUCAUUAGUACAAAUAAAUCUAAAUAUUCUAAGAUUUUUGAUUUUAUAUAUAUGAAUAAUAAAAAGAGUGCUAAAAAUAUGAAAACAUAUUUAAAAAAUUAUAGAAACUAUUAUUUAAAUAAUUUAGAAAAUGAUAAUAAAACAGAAAAUAAAACAUAUAAUGAAAAUAUCCAUGAAGACAAUUUUUUUAAUGAAGCAUAUAAUGAUAAUGAAUUGAUAUCUUGUAACAUUAGAAAUUUAUAUGAAAAUGAAGAUUUAGAAGAACAAAUUAAAAUUGUAAACGAAUUAAAUAAAAAAAUAAGUAAUGAUGAAAAUAAAAACAUUAAUAAUAAUUAUUCAAAUGAAGGGAUGAAUGAUUCUGAAUAUAGUUGUUCCAAUAGUGAUUCAAGCAUAUAUGACGAAAACAUAAUAAGAACUAACACAUUUUAUGAACAUGUUAAUAAAAAAUUAGAACCUACAUGGUCUCUAUUUAUAGAUAAUUUUAAAUAUAUGAAUCUUGUUCCCUUUGAAGAACUAAAUGAAAGUUUAAAAAAAAAUCAUAAUUGUGUUAAAAAGCAUUAUCAGAAUUUAAAUUUUAAUGAUUAUAUAAGUAACGAAAAAGAAAACAAUAAGACAAAUAUAGAUAAUAAAAACAUUCUAUAUUAUCAUUUAUCAGAAAUUAUAUAUAAUGAUACUCAUAUCCCAAAGUUUUAUUCUUGCAUUGCAGGAGAUAAAUGUAUAAUUCCUUCUAUUGAUACUUAUGCACAUGUAUAUGAUAUAUAUACAGGUUUUCAUGUAAAUUCUAUAAGUAAUCUUUACUUACCAAAUUAUUAUAUUGAUAAUUCUCAAUUUUACUAUAAUGAAACAAAUCAAAAAAUAUUUAAAAAAAAUAUUUCUUUUUUAACUAGUGUUGACACAUAUCCUAAAAAUCAAAACAUUAUUGCAACUUCAAAUGGAUGGCCAGAUGGAUCUAUUGUUUUAUGGAUUUUUGUACCAUUUUGA